UUUUGAGGGCUCGUGGCUACAACAGAGUAACGGAUAGGAGGAUGCCUCUCUGCAACCAGUAUCCUUGUCCAAGCAACCCUCGAGACGUGCCGCAACUGACCAAGGAACCGAAGUUGUACACCACGACGCUCAGUGCGCAGACCAGGCACGAGACCCGCACGCACCAGCUGGAGAAGUAACGGCAUCUCGCUACCCAGAACCGCGUACAAAGCACGAAUUGCGUGCGUGCAGACGUCUCCGCCCCAGCGAUUCCCCAGUCCGUCGACCGUUUUGGAAGAGUCGAGAUGGCGAAGAGCAAGAUAGAGAAGGCGAAGGGCGAUCAGCCCAAAAAGGUCGCCGUCGAUAAGACCUUUGGCAUGAAGAACAAAAAGGGAGCCAAAGGCCAGCAGCAAGUCAAGGUCUUGCAGCAGCAGCAGGCAAUGGCCGGCAAGACUCCUGCGGAGUUGGCUGCUCAGAGGAAGAGGGAGGAAGACAAAAGGGCAAAAGCCGAAGCCGAAAAGCUGCGAAAGAAGGAGAUGGAGAACAUUCUAAUUAUCCAGCCCAAAGUGCCUUUUGGUGUCGACCCAAAGACUGUCACAUGCGAAUUCUGGAAGCACGGCAAAUGCGACAAGUCAGCGAACAGGUGCAAAUUCGCUCACGAACACAAUGCGAACAGAAAGGUCGAGAAGAAGGAUCUGUACACCGACAUGAGAGAGGGUGACGAAGAUGCCAAAAAGUCAGACACCAUGGACAAGUGGGACGAGGCCAAAUUGCAGCAGGUAGUUCUCUCCAAGCACGGCAAUCCAAAAUCGACGACGGACAAGGUGUGCAAAUAUUUCCUCACUGCUGUCGAGGACGGCAAGUACGGAUGGUUCUGGGUGUGCCCCAAUGGCGGAGAUAACUGCAUGUACAGACACGCCUUGCCGCCAGGAUUUGUACUCAAGUCGCAACGCAAAGCCAUGGAAGAGGAGGAGAAGGCAAACGAGAUUUCGCUAGAGGACUUUCUGGAAAGCGCCAGGCACAAGUUGGGAGCCGGUAAGGGCACGCCAGUCACCGAAGAGAGUUUCAAGGUGUGGAAGCAGAGGAGGACAGAUGCUAAACAGGCUCAGGAAGACACAGAGAAGGCCAAGAAGGCUCAGCAAGCUGCUGCAAACAAAAUGGCCGGUCUCACUGGAAGAGAAAUGUGGACCUUGAAUGCAGAGCUGCUGGGCCAGGAUGAUGAUGAUGGCGAUGACGACGAGUACGACAUGGCGACAUACAUGAAGAGCUGGCAACAAGAGAGGCAAGCGGAGGAGGAGAGGGAAGGCGGGAUCAGCGAUGGAGAGGAUGAGCCUGUAACGGAGCAGGCGGGUGCAGCGGCGAGCAAUGAGGAGAAGAUGGCAUCUUUGAGCGUCAAUGGCGACGAGGGUCAGGAAGUGGGCAGACGGAAGGAGUAGCUCUACUAUGCUGGUUUCCCCCCUCUCUGCGCACUUCCCUUCCAGCAUCGCAAUAUUUGGUUGACUGCAGCACACAUGAACUCCUCGUCUGAAUGAGCUCGCUCCCGACCCACCAGUGCGGGCACUCGCAGCUCAGCGUGUGAGGGAAAGUGAGGAAGGGUGAAGGUGUGUCCAUCAACCUCGCACAACGUCCUGGAAGUACUUGAAGCCCUGAAUGGAGGACGAGCACAUAAUCGUGCCUUCAGCACGCGUCAUAAAUCGAGAUUGGAUACUAACCUC